AUGAAAGUUUUGAUCUCGUUUCUUUUGUUUGGUUUACCCAGUGUUUCAAUGACGCUUCGUCGUGUUCCUUACAUGCGAGGAAUGGAACUUGGUAGCUCAUUUGAGUUGUGUCAAUCUGAGGUUGGACCAAGUAUCUUCCACGCCAAUGUCAGCAACAUCUCAACCACAUAUCAACAUCCAUUUUUUCAAUUACAAUUCGGCCAUUUUAUAAACGGUUUUUCUGAUGCUGUUUCAUACCUUCGUUUACCUCACCAUAUUUGUCUUCAACUCAUGGCUGGAUCGAUUGAUUUGGGUGGCAUCGGUGAAUUUUUCAAAUCAACGUACAACAGCGAUAAAGUUGUUCGAUUUUGGACUUCUUCUUUUACUGACUUUACAAAGCAGGAGAUUGACCUACAUAUAACACCGCCACGAUCAGACUGGCAGAACUCAAACUUUUUGGGUCGUCACUAUAUACAAGGCAUUGCAAGAGGUGUUUAUUUACUCAUGGCAUUUGAGUUUCACGUGAACAAUGGUAGUACUAAAAAAGAUGUUCGUAACGCAGUAAAAGAUGGAAUUCAAAAGGCAUUUUUGAAUGGCAAAUUCGAGGACAUAGCACGCUAUGCAAAGAAUAUCUCAACAUUGAAGAUAUUUUACUCAAAAUAUCUGUGGGGAAACGAGUCUGAUAUUGUGGCUUGUAACCUGAGCACGGCAUCAGAAGUGUUGCAAAAGUAUCCCAGCGAGGUCGCCAAAACGUUAGGAGCUGGUCUCCCAACAAAUGUUUGGAUUGAAGAACUUAGUCAACUUCCGCCACUUCUGCCAGUUUCAAACAAGUCUCUGAACUUCUUCCUCGUUGACAACUAUUACUCUAACAUCAAGCGGGCAGCGGAAAUGUAUUACGAUAUAAAGUACACGCUAACUGCCAUAAACGAAACACUAGACAGAGGAAAUCUAUCAAUAACGAAGCAAAAAAGAUUACAGUCGUUAAAAUUAAAAUUGAUGGGGUAUGAAACUGCAUUCAAAAACUUGGUUAAAAAAUUGGAUUUAAAUCGCUUCACAUCAAAGACGGAUCAGUUCAAAUUUAUGCGUACUUUUUAUGGGUCAGAUGAAUAUUGGAAUCGUCCAUAUAAGUUUUACUGUCAGUAUCAUCGCUUGACAAAAAAACAUAAGAAUUAUCGAAGGUUCAGCUUUGAGAAUCAAUAGUCCUGUGGCCUAAACAAAUAUCAUUAUCUUUUGGAUUUUGAAAUUGUAGGAAUGAUAUAAUUUAAAAAUAAAAUUUCAUUUCUCUGUUAGUUCA